AUGGCUGAAUCUUCAACCGCGGGCCAGGGAGGAUUCCCCAUUCCUAUCACGGUCGAGUUUACUGGUGGCUUAGAAUUGUUAUUCGGAAAUGAGCGCAGGCACAAGGUUGUUUUGCCUGCUAAGCUAGAGGAUGGCAGCAGGCCAAACAUCUCAUACUUGCUCAAAUACCUUGUCGACAACCUCAUGAAGGAUCAAAGAAAAGACAUGUUCAUCAUGGAGGACAAUGUACGACCCGGCAUCCUCGUUCUCAUUAAUGAUGCCGAUUGGGAACUUGAAGGCGAAGAAACAUAUGAGCUUGAACAGGGAGAUAACAUUGUCUUCGUCUCAACUCUACAUGGCGGUUAA